ACGCGCUCCCCGAACUUAGUCCUUCUUUCUCCUUUUCCCUCCUCCUUCUUCUUCUUCUUCUUCGCCUGAAUUUAGCUUCAAAAUCCUCUCUUUUCUUCUGGGUUUCUCCCUGUUCGUGUUGGGUCCGGAUUGUUUCAUUCGGAUCCUCAAGAUAUGUCAAUGGAAGCAAGCACCGGUUCCGGGGAUCACAGCAUCACGGGAAUACCCACCCACGGUGGACGCUAUGUUCAGUAUAAUGUCUACGGUAAUCUCUUCGAAGUUUCUAGGAAGUACGUCCCUCCUAUUCGCCCUGUCGGCAGAGGUGCUAACGGUAUCGUCUGUGCUGCUGUGAAUUCGGAGACAGGAGACGAGGUUGCUAUCAAGAAGAUUGGUAAUGCAUUCGACAACAGAAUUGAUGCCAAAAGGACUUUGCGAGAAAUUAAGCUCCUUCGACACAUGGAUCAUGAGAAUGUUAUUUCCAUCAAAGAUAUCAUACGGCCCCCACGGAGGGAGAAUUUCAAUGAUGUUUACAUAGUUUUUGAAUUAAUGGACACCGAUCUUCAUCAAAUCAUACGUUCCAACCAACCAUUAACAGAUGAUCAUUGUCGGUACUUUCUGUAUCAGGUGCUACGAGGGCUCAAAUACGUACAUUCAGCAAAUGUCUUGCACCGUGAUUUAAAGCCCAGUAAUUUGCUUCUAAAUGCCAAUUGCGACCUUAAGAUUGGAGACUUUGGUCUUGCAAGGACAACAUCUGAAACUGAUUUCAUGACGGAAUAUGUUGUCACUAGAUGGUACCGAGCACCAGAAUUACUUCUUAAUUGUUCAGAAUACACUGCAGCAAUUGAUAUCUGGUCAGUGGGUUGCAUACUGGGUGAAACCAUGACCAGGCAGCCCCUUUUCCCUGGCAGAGACUAUGUUCAUCAGCUGAGACUCAUCACAGAGCUUAUCGGUUCACCUGAUGAUUCCAGCCUUGGGUUUCUAAGAAGUGACAAUGCCAGAAGAUAUGUAAGACAGCUUCCACAAUACCCCAGGCAACCGUUUUCUGCCAGAUUUCCUAACAUGUCUCCUGGUGCUGUAGAUUUGCUAGAAAAGAUGCUAGUUUUUGACCCAAAUAGGCGUAUUACAGUUGAUGAGGCUUUAUCCCAUCCAUAUUUGGCACCCCUGCAUAAUAUCAAUGUGGAGCCUGUUUGUCCAAGACCUUUCUGUUUUGAUUUUGACCAACCAUCUUUUACUGAAGAAAACAUUAAGGAGCUUAUCUAUCAAGAAUCUGUAAAGUUCAAUCCAGAUCCAAUUCAUUGAGUUUGAUAUGUUGUAUCCACUUGGAGUAGCAUCUCAUGACUCAUAUGCGAUGAUACUAUGUUGAACCCAUCAGUCUCCCUGAGAUUGAGAAGAUAACAUGCUCAACAAACAUAUGAAUAUUCCCUCAUUUGUUGCUGCCUGUAUCCUACAAAUGCUUAACAGGAACUGUAGUUGAAAGCUCCCAACUCCUAGUUGAUGCGGCUGUGACUGUAGAGGUUAUUAUGCAAACUCAUGCUCCAGGUAUCACUUCAUUUCAUCUUUGAGGAGUUUGUUAUUACAAAUCGUUACACAUGGAGCAUUGACUAUUUCAUUUAGACUUUCUUUCUUUUUGCAAAUACAUGAAGAACUGCUUUGUAUCUAUAAUCUUUCAUAAAACUGCUUCAGUAUGUAUAAAUUGUUUAGAUGAAUUAAGUAGUUUCCUAGAACAGGAUUUCAUCUGGAUUUUUUUUCCUUUUGGGUCUUCAGUUGUAUUUAGUUUUGCUGUAUCAUAAAUGGAUCUGAUUAUCUGUAUUUUCACUAGCAAAGAUUACAUAUCAAUAAUAUUAUAAUUGCAAU